AUGGGGCUCGGUAUACUCGAGGACACUGUCCUCGAUCACGUCCCAGGGACGACGAGAUACUUUGACGAUCCAGACAGACCGCAAACUGCGGACACGGCAGAUGCCCGAGGUUUGAAAUGCGACAGAAGUGGGACCGUACCCAUUAUACUCCAUCCACAACCAUCGGACGAUCCCAACGACCCUCUGAAUUGGCCUUUGUGGAGGCGCGAUCUCAUCACAUUCAUACUCUCCGUGACGGCCAUCUUCGCGACAGCUCUGGGCCCGAUUCUGGCAGCAAACACGUUGACGCUGACCUUGUACUUUACCCUUAAUUUCACAUGGAUUGCUGUUCUGACCGGAUAUUUCCUGCUGGGUGUGGGAUUUGCCGGCAUGUUCUUCGUUCCGUCGAGCAGGAUAUGGGGAAAGAGACAUGCCUUUUUGCUAGGAUUGUUGCUUCUGGUCGCAUCAAGUGCCUGGGCUGGUGCUGUCGGGAGGAAGAGGGAUUAUACCAGCCUGUUAUGGUCCAGGAUUAUCCAGGGAGUCGGGACAGCACCAUUCGAGUCGCUCGUGAAUGCUGCCGUGGGAGAUUUAUACUUUGUCCAUGAGAGAGGUAAGCGCAUGGCCUUCACGAAUCUGGCCGUGUUUGGAGGUGCCUUUUUCACCCCCGUCGUGGUAGGCAAGAUUACACACACCAUCGGGUGGUGGUGGACCUUUUAUCUCGUGGCGAUCUUCUGCGCUGUAUCCUUCUUUGCCGUGUUUCUUUUCUGCCCAGAAACAUCCUUUAGGCGCGAUGCUGCUCUCAACACCGAUAUUGUUGCCUUUGAUGAGGACUCUCGACAGUCUCAUGACCACGAAAAGAUGGCUACAGGACCUUCGUCAGCUCCCAAUAGCAACCAUGCCAUGCCCGUUCCGGCUCGCAAGACUUACUGGCAGUCGCUGUCUCCCUUUGACGGCUAUAAGACGGAUGAGAGUUUCUUGAAACUCUUCUUCCGACCAUUUCCGUUAUUUGUGCAGCCUGCCUUUCUCUGGGCAUGUUUAAUCCAAGGAACAAUGAUUGGCUGGACGGUAUUCAUUGGAGUCGUUCUGGCCGCAAUCUUCCUGGGCCCGCCGCUCUUUUGGAAUGAAGUAUCGACUGGGUAUGCCUAUGUUGGGCCCUUUCUCGGUGCUGUGCUCGGCUUCCUGAUUGCUGGCCUCCUUGCCGACUGGAGCGCCAAGUUUUUGACCAAACGCAACGGCGGCAUCUAUGAGCCAGAGUUCCGCAUUUGGCUGGUGGUGCCCCAGCUCAUAUUUGGAUGUCUCGGGCUUUACGGCUUUGCCAUUACGAGCGUGGGAACAUUGAGAGGCGAAUACCACUGGGUCGUGCCCAUCAUCUUCUUUGGGUUCGAGGUGUGUGGUAUGGUCAUUGGGGCGGUGGCCAGCUCGCUGUAUAUUGUUGAUGCAUAUCGUGAUCUGGCCGUUGAGGGCUUUACAUGCUUGAUCAUUUUCAAAAACAUGUUCAGCUUUGGUUUGACCUUCAAGGCGUACGACUGGUUGGUUGAGGGCGGUAUUAAGGAGACAUUUAUCGCGCUCGCAUCGGUGCAGGUGGUGAUCUGCCUGCUGAGUAUUCCCAUGUAUGUAUAUGGCAAGCGGAAUCGCAGCUUCUUUCACCGUCAUGAUUUGUUGGAGAUGACUGGCUUGAGGGGGAAAUUCACGUUAUUCGGCCUGCUUCGCAAAUGA